UUGCGCAAAGCUCAGGGUAAUGGCUUCUGUGCGCGAUAGGCACACUAGAUUCUCAAAAUGAAGCGACGGAGGGUGUAUUUAUGAUAGCAAAAGGACUGUAGAAGGGUUUGUGGAUGCGGGAUUGGAGUGAGAGGCAGCAGAGUUGACAGCAGUUGAGAUCUUUCAUCUGUCCAGCGCGAUGAUCAAGCUGAAGUCGAACCAGACUCGCACGUUUGACAGAGACGGCUAUAAAAAGCGCGCGGCCUGCCUGUGCUUCAGGAGUGAGCGCGAGGAGGAGGUUUUGUUGGUGAGCAGCAGCAGUCAUCCUGAUAGAUGGAUUGUUCCUGGAGGAGGGAUGGAGCCAGAGGAAGAGCCCAGUGUUGCUGCUGUCAGGGAGGUGUGCGAAGAGGCAGGAGUAAAAGGAACAUUAGGAAGAUUGGUAGGCAUUUUUGAGAACCGAGAUCGAAAGCACAGGACGUACGUCUAUGUUCUCAUCGUAACUGAAGUGCUGGAAGACUGGGAAGAUUCAGUGAACAUCGGUAAGAGUACCGGUACAAUAGAAAACAUUGGUAGGAAGAGAGAGUGGUUUAAAACAGAAGAUGCUCAGCGUGUGCUGCAGUGUCAUAAACCUGUGCAAGCAUCUUACUUUGAAGCUCUUCAGCAGGACUGUAUGAGCAGUAACGGCACUUAUAACAUCAAUCAAAACUCUCUCUCCAGUAUCAGAUAACUACCACAACAGACACAGAAACAUCAGCAAAAUUCUCAACGUUUUUAUACCUUUUCUUACCGACUGAACUCCUACUACAACCACUAUUGGCACCACUAUUUUUAUUUUAGCACAUAAAUGGCACCAUGUUAGAAUGAAGAACCAGCCUUUUUAGCAUCCAGAUGGAAACUUGAUGUAUGAGAUAAAAGAUCAGAACACUUUUCAAACGGAAAUGUACUUGUUUCUUAACCAUUCUUUUUCAUUUUUCACGAAUAAUUGCAUGUUAUUGUUCUCUCCUAUAGCCAAACACAAGGUUUACUGAAUGCAACUAUGUUUUACUAUUGUAUCUUGAAAUAAUAAGUGGUGUUUAAAGAGAAAGCUGUCAGAAGUGUUUGGCCCUUUCAUUCUGCAGUGUUUUGCUGUUUAUAUGCCUAUGAGUUGGUUGAAUUUUUGCAUGAGCACGUCUUAUUAAUGAUCUUAAAAUACAGGGGAGUCUUAGGCUUACGUGAAAUAAACUAAAAUGAAUGUAGAGGUUUUCUUGACAACAGCAACGGAAGGGGCCAUUCGACUAAUAUUAAUGUUUGUUUAGUGUUUGCUGUGCGUGCUGUUUUUACAUAUCCAUAAUCUUUUGUAAAUCACUAAACAACAGAAAGGUCUUACAUUUGACCAAAAAUGGUUGAAAUCUUAGCCUGUUAUGCCAAUAUUACAAUCUCAUGUUGGGAAUUUCCAAACAACACAUCUCAAAAUGCAGCUACUGUCUCGAUUCGUUUUCAAGAAUUCACUGGUUAGUAGUCAUCCAUGUCUACAUUUUCCCUAAAAAGUGACAGUAGAUUGAAGUAUUUUAUUUGUUGUAGUGGGUUUUCUGGGCCUUUGAUCCCAAAUGGUGAAAAGGGUAAAGUGGCUUAAAUGAUGCUGGUCAGUCCAGUUUACUGAGUGCACUUGUUUUCUUGUGGUACCAUGUUUGUAGUUUUUAAGAUUAAAGAAUUGAAGAGAGGUAAUGGAGAAGAAAUGUUUUGGAAGGAUAAGCAUUUAUAGGGUGACGGUCAGUGGUUGAGUUGUACACAUGAUCUUCUCAGCAGCUGUUGAUAUCAGAGUCUAUGGAGCUAGAACAAUGACAAAAGUAUUUUAAUCUGAAUUUUGUUCAUUUCAAUUCUAGUCAUGUGACUUAACAUAAUUGAAGAUUUUUGUGGCAUAUUUGUGUGUGUGUGUGUGUGUGUGUGUGUGUGAAAUAGUCAAAAGACAUGAUGCCAAGGUUAGCUACCUAAUAAAUGGCCUCACGGGUUGCCAUUUAUUAAGACAGGGCUGUUUUUCAUUUAAAUGUUUACAAUGUGAUUGUACUUUCUCUUUAGACACUGGAUACUUACUGACCUCUUCUCAUUUGUUAUAGAUGACUGUUAAUAAUGGUGUCAUUUUGAUUUUCAAAGGCACUUUUGUAGUUCUUAGUUGUACAAUUAUGAAAAUACUGUAUGUUGUUGCAAAUGAUGAACACAUGAUUUUCACAAACACAUGCUUCAGACAAACAUGAGGUAAUUUUGGGACUUUAAAAGUCAGUCUUAUCAGUAUUUCAAAAUGUUAAUUCAAAUAGCUCAAGUGAAAAUGUAUUGUGGAUCAUUUGUAAAAUCCUCUCCAUGUAUUUUUUUUUUUUUUUUUUUUGGCCUUGGGGUAAUAAUAUGAAAACAGAAGUGUCCUGUUUUCUGAUGGUAAGAUUAAUGAACUGAACCCAA